AUGGGUUUUGCGGAACGAUGGAUCUCCUGGAUUAUGUUUUGCGUCUCUUCGGUGGAGUAUAGGGUUCUUCUCAAUGGUCAACCGAAUGGAUUGAUAGUUCCGGGAAGAGGAUUGAGACAAGGGACCUCCAUUUCGAUAUGGACGGAUCCCUGGGUUCCAGCUCAAUUCCCGAGACCAGCCUUAAGUAACGGUCCUUUUAAGGACCCAACUCUCCGGUUACCUCAUUUGAUUGAUAGACGAACAAAUUCUUGGCGAAAGGAUCUGCUUGCUCAGCAUUUUGAUCCAGUGGAUAUCGCUCUGAUAGAGGCAAUACCUCUAAGCAGUUGUUCCAAGGCAGAUUAUUUGGGAUGGCACUUUACUAAAACUGGGAAAUAUACGGUUAAAUCUGGGUAUAAGACGGAACGGGUGGAUGUCAAAGGUCCUUUUCGAGCAUUCGGAUCUGGUCUGGUGAUCACUCCCCUUCUUGCUAGGGUUUGGAAAGUAAAAUGUCCACCAAAACUACAACAUUUUAUGUGGCAAGUGUUAUCGGGUUGUAUUUCGGUAUCGGUUAAUUUGCGUCGUUGGGGGUUGGGUUGUGAUGUCGUUUGUACAUGGUGCGAGAUGGAGGAGGAGAAUAUAAAUCAUGCCAUCUUUCUAUGCCCGCCGACCCGACAAGUCUGGGCUUUAGCUCAUGUACUAGUGGGGCCGCAGCUAUUCCCGACGAAUUCUGUAUAUGCUAAUGUUGAUCAUUUUCUGGAUUCCAAAAAUCCGGGUUCACAGGUUCAGGCGUUUCCCUGGUUGAUGUGGUAUAUUUGGAAAGCUAGAAAUACCUGUGUUUUUGAAAAUCAGACAGAACGCCCUAAUGAGACGGUCCAGGUGGCAGAGGGCGAGGCUUUGUCCUGGCAGGAGGCUCAGGUCAAUGUCGAGGGGGAGGAGUUUAACUCCACUCUUACGUGUCUAGCACCUGGGUAUAGGAGGGAUUUAUCUCUUCCUCCAGUUUUUACGAGGCAGAGAUGUUUUGUUGACGCCUCUUGGAAAGCGACUGAUGUUUUUACCGGUGCAGGAUGGUGCUGUAUUUCGUCACAAGGAUCGCCCCCAGUGCUUGGAGUGACAAAUUUCCGGCGAAGCUUAUCCCCGUUACAUGCAGAAGUUGAAGCUUUCAUCUGGGCGAUGCGUUGUAUGAUUGGCCAUAACUUCCGGGAUGUGGUUUUUCUCACCGACUGCUCCGACUUGGUGAAGAUGGUGUAUUUUCUAACUGAUUGGCCAGCUUUCGCAACCUAUCUCGAUGACAUUCGAAUUGACAGGGAGGAGUUUUCUUUAUUUUCUUUGCUUUAUGUUUCACGUAAUGCUAAUGUACGAACGGAUUCUUUAGCACGUCAAGCGCGUAUGUCUCUGCAUCAUGUUUUGUUUGUAGACAAUUUUCUUACUAACUGA